GAUGAUGAUUGUCAAUGACAGGUCUCAAGCCGCGUCAGUGCACUCUUUGUAGUACGUGAACCCGGGAGUGGUUCUUGAUCCCCGGCCAAAUACAUCCCGGGCGGUCGUGUUUCAUCUAUAUUGACGGAAACCCACGCCGUUGUCAGAUGGUUACUUCCAGAAGCCGCUUCAUAACUGGUGUUGUAGUCAAAACCAGUGGCACUGUACAGGGUUCCCACAAAACCCAUGGGGUCUUGUGCAUGGAUGGAGCCCCAGCUAUUAUUCCAUUGUUGAUGAUUGAUGUGCUGGGGAGAAAUGACGGGAAAACUAGAGAGUGGCUUUGCCGCGAUUUCGGCUAUAAAGCUGAUAAGAAGCCUAGCAUGCCUCAGGUUUUCCACCCUAGUGACAAUCGAGAACGAUUGAAUAUUGAAUCUUCCAGCUGGAUGCCUUCGCAAUAAUCCCCCUUUCCCGCCGUCGCAAUUCAACAAAUCCCGGCCAAACAUAUGCUGAGUUUUAUUGCGUUGCGGCGAUAUUUCAUCAAGGGAGGUCAAGAAAAAAGUAAUCAAAGCCAUCUGGGUAUCCUACUCCUACGCAAUGGCUAUCGUGGAACCCGUCAAUAUUUAUCGACCAUGAUACCCUCGGAAGGCAAAGAAAAGCGCGGAAAAGAAUUCCUCAGAGUCUUGAUGUCUGCUCGUCCCACGCCCAUCCAUCUGGUCUAGGCCUUUUGCCAUGAACCCGCCUACACAUCGAACGGAGGGAAAAAGGGUAGGCGAUCAUUCUAGUUGCUCCUGAUCCAUUUUUAAUGGGGAGCUCGGGCUGUCAAGUCGGGUUCAUACCCGACACACUCAAGUGGACAUAGCUUCCGCAAUAUCCUAUCCUCUUUUACCAUCGGGUCGGAACUUCCUGCAGCGUUUGCAGACGAACAGCUGCGCAGUUCCACGCCCACGUUUAUCGAUGGCGAGGCGGAAGGGGAGGAAGGAACCGGAAGUGCAUGAUCGAUCCAGGUAGUAAACUCACCUGGAGUUCUAUCAGAGAGUCUGCUCCGCUUCCAUUCACACGCUGGGUUUGUGAAUGAAGAGAGGGAGGGGAGGUGGCAGUCGGAAAGGGUGCAGGGGGAGACCGUAUCGACCGGCGCAAGCGCCCUGCAGCCUCAUCACGGGGGCGGAAGCAGGAAGACUUGCCAGUGGAGGCAUUGCGAGGGAUUGUUUUGGUACGAGUCUUGGUGGCGGAAGGAGGGAGGCCUGAAUGGGGAUGUCUCUGCUGUCCCGUCCACAGUGGAGGGUGAGCCGAGGGGGGAAGAGCAAGAGGAAAGGCGUCGCCAAGGGACGGAUUCGCAAGAACGCACCGAAGAAUGCACCCCCCGCCGGAGGCGUCGAACCCCCGAAAUUGUUGAUCGAGGAAGAAAACGCCAUCCUGGUGACCGAGGUCGACAUGGGGAAGUCUCGGAAGAACGCGUGUAUCGCGAAGGGGCGGGUGGAGCCCAUGAAGCCAGAUCAGCUUGCCGCCAUGCUCAAUGAUCCCAAAGAAAAGGUGAUGCUCCUGGAUUGCCGGUCCUUCCUGGACUUCAACGAGGGGCACAUCCUCAACGCCGUAAACGUCUGGUGCUCCAAGCUCCUCAGCCGCCGGUUGCAGCAGAAUAAGGUUUCUGCCCGAGAGAUCCUGAGCAAUACUUUCCACUUGGAGCUGGAGGACACGCGGCAGAUCGUGCUGUACGAUCAGAAUUCCCAGGACCUCGAGGACCUGGAUCCGGAUGGGUUCGUCAGCAUCUUGAUGGAUAGGCUCACCCUCACCUUCCCUGCUGUGGUCUUCCUACGAGGCGUGGAGCUGGAGCGACAUGCGACGGGCCCCGAGAUAGAUCGUGACCUAAAUCCCCGCGGGAAGAUGGGGACGUGCGACACGUUCGAGUGCGGCGAUAGUCAUGGGUGUUGCCGUUGUCGUGCAGGUGGGUUCCGGAGGUUCCACAAGGAGCACGCGGAGCUGUGCGAGGACGCGGCUCGGUGGCGACCGAUCCUGAAGACGCUGAGUCAGCCGUGUUUGAGCUGCGUCCGAGGAGGACCCACCAAGGUCCUCCCCUUCCUCUUCCUCGGAUCAGAGCACGAUGCUGCCGACCAGGAAUUCUUCCACGAUCAUAACGUGGAUUAUGUGCUGAACGUGAGUCUUUCCAUCCCGAAGCCGGAGUUCAUCAAGGACUCGCAUUUCAUGCGGAUCCCCGUUAACGAUUCCUGCAACGAGAAGCUUCGACCGCAUUUCGAGAAGGCUUUCCAGUUCCUCGAUAUGGUACAGGAAUCGGGAGGAAAUGUCCUGGUCCAUUGCCAUGCUGGCAUCUCCAGGUCUCCCACUGUUGUCAUUGGAUAUGUCAUGAAGCGGUUACAUCUCACCAGCGAGGAAGCCUUCAGGUAUGUGAAAUCAAAGAGGGUGAUAGUAGCACCGAAUUUCAACUUCCUGGGACAGCUGCUGGAGUACGAAGAGCAACUGAAGCAUGAUUUCCUGGGCUUGCACAAGGUGCAGACUGCACCAGCCACAGUGUGCAUCUCAGGGAUAGACUAUUGGGAGCAUGCACUGAGGCGAACCCCCCUCCCGUCGCCAACACCUAUUACCCCAGAAGAGUUGUCUCCAAAUAAGGUUCACAGUUUCUCCACCAACAUCCCGCCCAACAUCACACUCCUGAAACCCCCUUUGAAGCUCCAUUGUCCUGCCACACCUUCCUCAUGAUAUACAUCUGAAAUGUGUGUCUUGCAUCAAGAUCUAAAAUCAGAACAUGGGUGUCUUGUAAAUCAUACCAAGCCCCUCUGUACGAUCCAGUGCCUGUGUGUCAACAAAAGGACCUUUAUUUUUGCAGAGAUACUCCACUCUUUCUCCCAUUUGGCUUGCCAAUUCAUGUAGAUUGAUCUCAAAUGAAUUUGCACAGAUUGGCAGACAGUUGUUGACAUUGCUAGUCCUGUCCGUAACGUGAGGGACCAAACUCCUCACAUGCCAUGAGAAGGCUAGUCAUUUACCAUUUCUCUUGCUGUCCACACAUUCAUGAGGUGGGAAGAAAAUGGAUCUGUCAAACAAAUCCACUACCUCAGUGUCUACCCAGUGUAAUCCCGAUUGUUUCUUGUGUAGGAUACAUCAUGCAAGUGUAUGCCUUUGAAAAAAGUUAUUGUAUGAUGAAUACAGCCAAUUGAACAAGGCCAAUUUGACUGCAUGUAGAAGCCCCCUUUACUACAGGAGGAAAGAUCUUCAGCCAAUAAAGAAUGAUGUGUAUUUAUAUAAAA